UAAAGGACCUCAUAGCUAAAUAAUAAGGAUGCAAAACAAAACAGCUUAUUUUCAAAGAAUUUUCUUUCUUGUAUCUUUAAGAGUACAUAUCAACAAAAGAAUUUUUCAAAGGAUUUAAGCUGGAUGAGGUCUACAUACUAUUUCUUUCUUUGCACACACAUUUUAUUGUAAUAACUGAUAUCACCUCGUGGAUUGAGCUAUCUACCGAGCGCGUCUCCGGGUGGCGGAUAGGAGGAUGGCCAGACGACGUGGAGUUGUCUGGUUAGUGGCAGUCAUAGCCGAUGAGGUAAAAACUGUCGCCGCGGACCAGCUUUCUAAGCCAAAUUGUGAGCUAUCGUGAUGAGGGCUGCGUGGUACUGGGGGAGCAGUGCCGUUAACGAUGCCUCCGGGGAACCGGGCGCCACCCCGGUAGUACACAGCUUUACCCAUGCAUGCGGGGCUCUGCGUGGGCGGACCGUAUAUAUUCCCUAGCUGCUCGUGGGAUUCAAAUUGGAGAAACCUAAUUUUAAUCAAAUUAAUAUGAAAAUAAAGAUAGAAGACUCGCAGAAUUUACGCACACCAGUCACUCAAUUUUCUGCCUACAGUAAUACUGCAUUCACCACAAAUCAACCGAAUGCUGUGGUACCGAGAAGCACCACUUCAUCCCGUUCACGAAAAAAACGAAGAAAACAGAAUUACUAUCUACGUAACUUUGCCUUUAAUUUUUCAGCGUCCUCGACGGUGCCACAGACAAUGGCGAGCACAUCCACCGGCGUCAACCGUCCGCAAAGUUUCACCAGCUUUAUGUCGAAUAACGAAAUCACAAAAAAACAAAAAAUAUCUGAUAAUAGAAUCGAAAUAAUUAAUCAUAAUCUAACCAGAGCGAUAGUGUCGACGAACAACAUACCCUCAACAAUGCCACAGGCAACGGCGAGCACAUCCACCGGCGUCAAACGUCCGCAAAAUUCCAUCGACAACUCUGUGUCGAAUAGCGAGAUCACUAAAAAGCAAAAAACAUUUGACAAGAGGAUCGAAGUGAUUAACCAUCACUUAAUCAGAGCAAUAGUGUCGACGAACAAUAUGCCUUUGGGUUUAGAACACUUAACACUGUUCCGAGGUGCUAUAUCGAAGGAAAUCGACAAGAUUGUCGAUGGAUUUAUUCCCAAAUUUCAUGAUUCAUAUAUCAAAUUUGACGCUAUAGUAAUCAAAUGUGUCGAUCAGUCAUCGCUUUAUUGGCUUUCGACGCAGAUCGACAACAUUUCGCCAUGGCCGCGGGCCAAACUCAAGAUGAUCAUUUACAAUGAGCUGCAGAAGUAUUUUCGGGCUUGCGUAUGGAUUCCGGGUCCACUCGAGUCCUCCGAGACCGUGCUGAAGCGAUUGAAUCGACAAAAUCCGGAUCUUAAUACGGCAAACUGGCAAAUAUUCGCCGAGAACUUGGGAGCUUUCAAAGAUGGAAGAAGUAUAUUUCUCGGAGUGCCUGAAUCGGAUUUCAAGAAACUUGAGGCAUCUAACUUUAUGGCUUACCUAGGUCUUGGGCAGAUCAACUUUGCUUUUAACAACAUCAAUUAGGGGAACUCAGUCGCGACUAAUUCGUAAUGUCCAGCUAUUUUUUUAGCUCGACCGACAUAAGCUUUAUUCUUUGCUGUACAUAAAAGACUACAAUCC